CCACCUCUCCAGCCCCUGGUGUCAUCUUUCCAGCUACAAUUUCAAACAGCAAAGCUUCUGUUACUGUGGGCUUGGGAGGAGUCCGCUGUGCGACUCGGAUGGUGGAGUUCUCUGGAAGGGGCUGCCUGUCAGUGGGCACAUCCCUGCUGAGAAUUCUGUAGCUUCCCUGCAUCCUGCCUCUGCUGUGUCUGUCACUAGGACCAGAAAAGGUCAGGUGGGGCUGACAGGAAGCUAUCCCACCCUCCUGGGGACAAGACCGGUUGGCAUCUACUUCUGUGCCCUGUGUGUCAAGUGCUACACUGGCCGGUGGGAUGGACUGCAGGAGAGAGCUCCAGAGGCCAGGGAAGAUGGGGAAUGCCAAGAGCCUGUCCAGCCAGAAAGCGUGCUCAAAGUUCCUGCCCGAGGAGCAGGCUGAGGUGGACAGGCUGUUUGAUGCCCUGUCGUCCAAUAAAGGCGGCUCCGCAACGGGAACGUUCUCUCUGGAGGCGCUGAAGAGCCAUGUCAAGGAGGCUCUUCCUCCAGGGAUGGUCACCAGACUAUAUAACGGCAUGUGGAGGGUCCAGCUGACUCACAAGGCACAUGGGGGUUGCAGGAACAUUUCCCGGGAGCAGUUCACAGUAUUCCUGUCCCACCUGUUGAAAGGGAGCUUCGAGGAGAAGGGCCAGAUGGUUAUGAAGAUGAUCUUACCUGCAGAGGGUCCUGUGAAGGCCAGAGAAGUCCAGGAGUUCACAGAGGAACUGGUGGCCUCUGUGGUGCAUGUGCUGACCCACCGGCAUGAGCUUCGAGGCUGGACUCGGAGGAAAUCCACGGCGUCUCCCACCAGUGUGCAGGCGAUGACGGCCCAGCUGCUCUCAGAGAUGAAGUUUCAAGACGGUCACAAGCUUCUGGGAUCCCAGUUCCUGGACCAGGUCUGUGACCAAACCGUGAUCGAGGACUGGGUGUUCCACGUCCCUCACGUGGGCAUGUUUCUGAGCGUGGUCAUCCAUCGGGGCCUUUGCCUCCUGAGCUCAGCCCUUGACCUGUCCACGCUGGUCCCUGAGUGCCACGUGGGCCCGGGGCAGCCGUUGGAGAGCACUCUGGAUGUGCUGUCCGUCAUCUACCUCAACUCACACCUGGCCGUCGAGCAGCGGCACCGCUGGCGCCUGCUCUUCUCCACACAGCUCCACGGACAGAGCUUCUCUCAGCUCUGCGGCCACAUCACACACCAGGGGCCCUGCCUGCUUGUCCUCGAGGACAGGGACGGCCAUGUCUUCGGUGGCUUCGCCUCCUGUUCUUGGGAGGUCAAGCCUCAGUUUCAAGGGGACAAAAGAUGUUUCCUGUUCUCCAUCUCCCCCAGCAUGGCCACGUACAUGCCCACGGGUUACAAUGACCACUUCAUGUACUUGAAUCACGGACAGCAGACCAUGCCCAACGGACUGGGCAUGGGCGGGCAGCACCAUUACUUUGGGCUUUGGGUGGCCGCCGACUUUGGGAAAGGACACAGCAAAGCCAAGCCCACAUGCACCACCUACAACAGCCCACAGCUGUCUGCCCAGGAGGACUUCCAGUUUGAUAAGAUGGAGGUGUGGGGGCUCGGCGAUCUCUUAGAGUCAGAUCUGGUCAAGAACAAGAAGAGCAUCCUUGACUCGAAUCUCGAGGCCCAAUCCCUGUUGGAGAUCAGUGGGCGGACUCGCCACAGUGAGGGACUGCGGGAAGUCCCUGAUGAUGACUGAGGCUCUUGAACCGUGGGCUUCCUGGAGCAAGGUCGGGGACUCCCCAAGAGAUGCAGUGCACACAGUGUCCAGAUUCCUCACUGCCGGGUAGGCAGAGCCCCUCAGACCCUCUGCCCUGACUCUGGUUUAGCUUUAACACAGCCACAUUGCCACAUCCAAGCCAUCAUGGCUGUACUUAAUCAGACCACAGCCACAGCAAAAAAAAUCCCUCUGAAGCCAUAAUUGAUGGGUGUCGCCUCCCAGGAUCCCUGAACAUAGGUUAGAAGUUUGGCCUUAUACUUUGUUCGUUUUAUGUCAGUGGAAUCCAGAGACAGAGGCUUGAAACUGCUGGAACGGGUGAUUUUUGGGGGUGAGUAUUCUUGCCUCGUGUGAGGAGGCUCCAUGCUUGGCCUUUGCUCAGGGUCCCAGUGAGUGCCCUGAUGGCCCAUCGUGAGUAGAAAGACAGCGGUGCUCAGAUGGAUCUGAAGGUCAUGUUUCUGGGGGCAGGACUCUUAGAACAGGUUUGUGAUGGGGUUCCCACCUAACUUUUUCAACAUUUUUAAAAUGAGUCUGAUGAGCACAUGGGAAAACUUGACCUGUCUGCCCAGGGACCAAGCCAUUACUGUGCCGCUAACUCAGAGACGAGGGCGUUUGGAGAGAGCCAGAGUCUGGGUGCUUGCUUAAUGGAUGCAUAAGACCCAUCCCUGAAGUCAGUGGUGGGCGACGUCCAGCCUUGGCUUGGAGGGGCUGACUCUAGGUCUCCUCUGAGGUCACAGCUCAGGGCUUCUCAGAAGGAUGAGAACUACUGGACCAGUGUAGACUGACUUUAGAAAGACUCCAGUGAUCCCGAGAGACUGAAGAGUACUCAGGUGGGCAGGCCGCCCACCACACUGAGUCAUUGCCACCCAGUGUCACCCACUCAGAGGAGCCCCGGGCCCCUCUCUGAGAACUCUACCUCUUCUGUUUGCCUUUUUGCUGUGAACUUCCACCUUUACAUAUCUGAUAAAGAGUCUACCUUUGAUUGUACAGUAUGCUUCAACUAAAAGCCAUAGAAAAGCCAGCUACGUGCAUUUUUCCAGCUCUGCGUUCUUGCCCAGGAAGCUCCUGGAAUACUCCAUGUAACCAUCUUGAGCACAACAGGAAGGCUGAGGCAUGUACCUUUCCAAACUAAAGUGCUGUUUCUGUGCACGGAGUGGUGGGUAGGUGUGUGGUGCAGACAAGGGCUGGGCCAUUUUGGUUUUCUUGCUAUAGAAGCCAGUUGUCAAUGGUAUGGGGGAUAGAGAGAAAAUACUGGAAUCUUCAGACAGCCCCAUUGUAACCUCACAGAAUUAGGUCACUGUGCUAUGGAGUGUUUUUAAUAAAAAUGGAGUCGUGUCUCAGUUGGUA